AUGGUGAAAACACUCCCGUUAGGUGACCAGCAGGUUCCUGUUCCCGGAUUUGGUGCCAUGGGCCUCAAUUCUGCCAUGGGGACAGAUCUAAAUCUUGAACAGUCUGAACCUGUUCUUUUGAAAGCCAUCGAACUCGGCUGCACAUUCUGGGAUACCGCGGUUGCCUACAAAAAUGGCGAAAACGAGAAGUUGCUUGGUGAGUUCAUAAAAAAGUAUACUGUUCGCGACAAGCUUUUCGUUGCCUCCAAGUGUGGAUUUGACUUCGUUGAACCCCCUCAUCAGAGAGCCACGGUUCUUUCCUUGUCUUGUCUUUUUUUUUGGAAUCGGUAUCUAACGCUGCACCUGGAAGACACCCCCCUCGAGCAGUCCAUUGGUGCUCUGGAUGAAAUCCGCCGUGCCGGAAAAACAAAGUACAUUGGUCUAUCCGAAUGCUCUGCUGCAACUUUGCGCAAAGCAAACGCGAUCGCCAAGAUCGAUGCCGUUCAAGCCGAAUAUUCUGCUUUUGAGACAUUGCACGAGACCACUGGCCUGAUUGAGACAGCAAAGGAACUGGGUGUGGCCUUUGUGGCAUUCAGCCCUCUGGGACACGGUUGGCUUGUGGAUGACUUUCCGUUUGAGUCCCCCGAUGACUUCGCCCCUAACGACUUUCGCCGCACUGUCCCCAAGUUCCAGGGCGAAAACUUCUACAAGAACAAGACUAUCGUAGACGAGAUCAAGAAGUUAGCAGCCCGAAAAGGUUGCACGACUGCGCAGAUUGGCCUGGCCUGGGUUGCUGCGCAAGGAUUGAUUACUAUCCCAGGAACGACCAAGGCCCUACGUUUGGAAGAGAAUUGGGCAUCUCGUGACAUCGAAUUGACGGAAGAUGAGCUGAAGGAGAUGCGAAAGAUCGUGGACGCUGCCAAGCCAGUCGGAGAGAGGUUCUCUCCCAUAUUCCAGUCGAUGGUCGGUCAUUAG